AUGAGAUUCUUGUCUGCGAAGUUCGUCUCUUUGGCUGUCUCUGUGGUUCUAUCCGUCUCCGUUCGAGGCCAGUCACCCAUCUGGGGACAGUGUGGAGGCAUUGGCUGGACUGGAUCGACCACCUGCGCUUCUGGUUCUAGUUGUGUGGUAUCAAACGCAUACUAUUCACAAUGUCUUCCUGGAGCCGUCACCACCACAGCACCCGCCAGCUCAACCACCGGAAGCACAACGCCCACGUCUACGUCUUCAGGAUCUGCCCCUUCCUCUGCAGCAGGAACAUGCUCCGGUCCCACGACGAAGUUCACCUACUUCGGCGUAAACGAAUCUGGUGCAGAAUUCGGAAACACGGUUAUUCCAGGUGUACUUGGUACCGACUACACCUGGCCAGCACCUAGUUCAAUUGAUUAUUUCGUUGGACAAGGAUUCAAUUUCUUCCGGCUUCCUUUCUUGCUGGAGAGGCUUACCCCUCCUGCUACGGGUAUAACGGGUCCUUUCGAUCCCAACUACUUCGGCAACCUUUCAGCUACCGUCACCGAGAUAACAAGCCAGGGAGCUUUCGUUGCCAUUGAACCUCACAACUACUUAAUAUACAACGGAGCUACCCUCAGCAGUACAUCCGAUUUCCAGACAUUCUGGACAAACCUUGCUGGCAAAUUUAAAGAUAAUGACCAUGUCAUCUUCGAUCUCAUGAACGAACCCUACCAACCCACUGCACAAGUUGUCUACGAAAUGAUGCAAGCGGGUGUCAACGGAGUAAGAGCAAGUGGUGCGACCUCGCAGCUCAUUUUGGUUGAAGGAACCUCAUGGACAGGAGCCUGGACUUGGAUUACAAGCGGUAAUGCUGCUGCAUUCGAGGCACUCACAGACCCCAAUGACAACGUAGCCAUUGAGAUGCACCAGUACCUUGAUUCUGACGGUUCCGGAACAAGCGGCACCUGUGUUUCCAACUCAAUUGGUGCAUCCCGUCUGGCUGACGCAACUUCGUGGCUGCAAUCUACAGGCAUUAAGGGAUUCCUAGGUGAGAUCGGGGCUGGAUCAAAUACCGACUGCAUUCAGGCCGUCUUCGGAGCACUUUGCUCUAUGCAGGAGGCUGGCGGUGUCUGGAUAGGGCUUUCCUGGUGGGCGGCUGGACCUUGGUGGGCAGAUUACUUUACAUCUAUUGAGCCCCCCGCUGGUGCGGCUGUUCCAAGUAUCCUUCCUCAAGCAUUACUGCCUUUCCUGUAA